CUAUGGCUAAGUAAUGGUCCUCACGUGUAUAAAAGUUAAUUUUAAAAGUCAUAGUUGGUUAUACUGAAAAAUAUUAUAAAAUUCGUGUGUUUUGAGAAAGCAUUUUUAAAAGAAAACUCAAAUGGAGGAAUUCGAAUUAAUGAAACAAGGUGCAGAAGCAAAGCUAUACAAAGGAAGUUACUUAGGAAAACCAGUAAUAAUAAAAGAACGAUUCGAGAAGAAGUACAGAGUUCCCUCACUGGAUGCAACAUUAACCAAAGAACGAAUAAAGGCUGAAAGUCGUGCGAUUUUACGAUGUAAAUCCGCAGGGAUCAAAACUCCAGCAUUAUAUCUAGUGGACUUGAAAAAACGAACUAUAUACAUGGAGUAUUUUGAGUGCAGCAUUACAGCUAAAGACUUUAUCAAUUCUUCAAGCUCAAAGGACACAAUUAAAGAAUUAUCCUUGCAACUGGGCAAAAUUUUGGGUAAACUACAUGCCAAUAAUAUUGUACAUGGGGACCUAACUUCAUCUAAUAUUUUGCUAAUUAAUAAAAAUGGAGAGAACAAUUUCACAGACUUGAAUAAUUUACAAAUAUCAUUAAUAGAUUUUGGUUUGUCACAUGUGGAGUCUGGUGCAGAAGAUAAAGGUGUUGAUUUGUAUGUAUUGGAGAGAGCACUGCUGAGCACUCAUGAGGAGGCUGAGUACAUGUUUCCAUUUAUUUUGGAAGGAUAUAAGAUGCAGUAUAAAAAGGGACAAAAGGAAGUUUUAGCCAAAUAUGAAGAUGUCAGAGCCAGAGGACGAAAGAGAACUAUGGUUGGAUAGUCAUUAUUUUGUUGAUGUUACAUUUUGUUUUAUUGUAAAAUAAUGUUUUUUGUAUAUUUUAUAUACAAAUUGUAUAAUAAAAUUGUUUUUGUAUA